UCAAGCUGUCACCUUGUGUUGCCUCGCCUCCCAAUAUCGUUGUUCUUAUAUCGUGCGUCACCGAGGGAAACUGCAAUAGCGACACGUGCCGGCCUCCAAUGACAUGACAGCACGUCCUUCUCACGCUCAGUCACAAUCGGCGUAUUGUCUUUCUAUCCGGAGGAUUGCGGAAAAUAAAGCUGGAUUGCUCAGUAUGCUGCAUUCGUCAUCUGUCACUUACAACCCGCUGACCAAAACACGGCCAGUGGCAGCAUCGUUUCUAGGCAUUGAGUUAAAUAUAUCCCCGAAGACACGAUCGCGCCAGACACGACCACCGGCAAUUACGCGCUCAGCAUUGCACAGCUUCCGUACUACUUCGCCUCACUACUAAUAACAUCAUCAUCAUGGACUUGGUUACGGCAGACGACACGCUCCCUUCUCCACCGUCAUCACCUGACGGGAAGCCGUCAUUGAAAAUGUCACGGAAACAAAAGGAUUCACUUGGAAAUGGCUUGAAGCCAACCGUACCAGCCCCAUGGGCCGAUAACACCCACGAUUUCAGCAUGAUGGUAGUUCGUGCCACACUUCGAGACAUACAUGAGAAGCCAGACGGACUUGUGAAAAGCUACAACUGGUAUCCAGAUUCAGUUACCAUUGACUCUCUAUUCCCACCUGGUAUACCACUCACAGCCAAGGAAAUCUGUGUCUACUAUCCGCAUCAUAUUCGUUGGCAGGACGUUAUGAUACGCCUUUCACAGAACGAUUACCGCGGACCUGAUAUACUUGGUAUUCAAGCGUUUUUCCGUGGCAAUCCCCAGAAUCACAUGUUACCUGCAGCCUUGAAUCAGAUUCAGCGCGACGCCGUGCAGCGCCUCUUACCAGCUUUCAGAACGGCUGGCUAUGAAGGCGAGGGAGACACAGAUACGUACACCGAUCACCUGAAGCCAGGCACGUAUCUCGAGAAGAAGUCUAAAGGCUAUGUCGUGCCAAAGUUUGAUGACCUGCUCCGCGGCUUGUCGUCCCUGCCUUACGGAGAGGAUACGCGAGAGCUCACCCAGUGUCUCUUGUGGUAUUCCGGCAUCCGUAGCACUUUCGAACCAAGAUUGGAGCUCAAUGUGCUGCACGCACAAGCUCUGAUCCGUGCUUUGAGACAGCCACUGGAGCAUCCUACUUCGCAGAACCUAAAUCGGCUGGCACUCGACCAAUGGCGAAAGGACGGAAAAUUCCCAAAGGUCAGCUUCACGGCUGCUUCAGAAGGCUUUGAAGACAAAACACAGAAGGAGUAUGGCAAGGAACAGCGUCUGCAGCCACGAACACGGGCUGUCUUCAACAUCGACGCCGGUCUUGUGGACCUGAAGAUGGAGAUCCAAAUUCCUAUUCGUCACGUUUUGACCUUCCCUUUCAUUGCGCUUCAUAGCGUCGUUGCAGACGCAUUCCAACUGGGCAUCAAUAAUGCCAUACGCCGAAGCACAGCCCGCGCUGAUUGUGAGAAGACGAAGCGCGAAGAUGCACCGCAACAUUUACUAAAGCGCUUGAACAAAGGUCGACCUGACCAUUCUUUCUCAUCGAACCAGGUACAGACGCCAAAACGCUGACGAAUGAUGGUUGAUGAUGAUGUCAGUGCCACAACGGUGCAGCCUCCAAAACAGCCUACAGCGUCACCUAUCACCCCGCGCAAGUCGAGAACCAUUCCCUUCAACUA